AUGGGUGAAAGUAGAGAAGCGUCCUCCCUGGGAAUGAUGGAUUCGGCAUUCUUCGUGAGCCGAAAGGAGCUAAUCGAGUGGGUGAACAGGACGCUAAAGCUGAACGUAACAAAAAUAGAGCAGUGCUCUAAUGGAGCCAUCUACACGCAGCUCUUGGACAUUCUUUUCCCUAACAAGUCAGUCCUUCACAAAGUGAAGUGGAAUGCCAAGCUAGAAUACGAGUGUAUAGUGAACUACAAGCUCAUUCAAAACGUUUUCAACAAAUUUGGUAUUAAAAAACAUAUGGACAUAGAUAAACUAAUUAGAGGAAAGUAUCAAGACAAUUUAGAAUUCCUCCAAUGGUUUAAAGCAUUUUUUGAGCGUAUCAUUGACUAUAACAAUAAGAACGUAAUUAACUAUGAUCCCCUACAGCGCCGUAAAUUGUGUAUCCUUGGAGAUAGGGGUGACUACAAGUUACUAAACAGCUAUAUGCCCGAUUGGGCCAAGGUAGAUAUAAAUAAUGGGAAAGAGAAUGUGGUGAAUCACGAAAAUAGGAAUUGUUCUAAUGGCCCAAAACGGAACAAUGACCACAGAUCCAGUGUCAAUCAGGACAACGUCACCUCCAGUGUGACCACCCGUGCCGCCACGUCGUCCAGUAACAACAGCAGCGCUCCUAAUCUGUGUUACUCCCUCAACGGGAAAAAGCCUAUGAAGACGGAGAAACGGUCCACGUUAAUCACCACAACAGGGGAUAAUACCUUAAGUUCCAAUUCGUGUAAGGAGAUUCAUUCUUCAAGGAGGAAUCCCAGUGGAGCAAGGCGUCAGGGUAUAAGCCCCAUAGGGACACAGCUGGAGAACCACCUCCCCACGUCGACCUCCACGAGUAAGCGACACUCCGUCUCAGCGAAGGUCUCCUCGAGAGGCUCGCUCUCCUCUUCGGCGUACUACCACUCCAACAAAAGUAACACCCAAAUGGAGAACCACAAAGAUGCCCUUUCCCUAAACGAACAAAACAAAAAGCUCAAAAUUGAGUUGGAAAAAAAAAAUAGCGAAAUUUUUUCAUUACAAAAUAAAUUAAAAACUCAGGAAAAGGAAAAAAAACUUUUACUUUUCCAAAAGAAUUUUUACUACAAUAAGUUGAGGUUUCUUGAGCUCCUCUGCAACCAGACGGAUGACGACGCUCUGUUGGUGAGUGACAUACAGCAUAUCAUUUAUGCGCGCGAGAAUACUUACUUCCAUCAGACUAUAUCUCUUGGGGAGAAGGACAGCGGGGACGCAGUAGAUCCAAGCGAGAUGGAAGGGGCCCAAUCAGAAGAAGCGACUCAAUCCGGGGAGGCGACUCACUCGGCGGAAGCUAUUCACCCUGGAGAAGCCUACGCCGAGACCGAUAAUGAAGCCCCCCUGCCGGACACCCAUGACCACUACAACGCGCACGACUUCGUAGAGCAGACCGACUCCAUACAGAACGGCGAGGUAGAGCAGUACGCAGGACACUACAACAACCAAGGCUCGAUGGACUUCCCCACCUACUGCUAA